CAGUGAGGUAAGAGUUAAAUAACCAUGGGCGUCCGCAGGAUUAUUUCCAGAAGGGUGCAAGAAUGACAAGACCUGACAUAUUAAUUCAAAACAGAUUAACAAGUACAGUACAGUAACUGAGUUUCAAAAGGAUCUCAUUCUCAAGACAGCUUCAGUAUGGCAGAACCCGAGAAAGAGACUAAGCUAUUGGGCAGGAACUUAUCACAGAUCCCCUGUUUCCGUGAAACAUUCCUCUACAGUAUCAGCUCUGGACUUGCAGCUGGUCUGAUUAAUUUCAUGCUGACGUCAAGAGUCCAACGCUCAGCUCACUUAGCUUUUGGUGUGUAUGGCUGUGUAACAAUAGGAUACUGGUCAUUCUGUAGAUACAACUUUGCAAAGGAGAAGUUUAAUAUGGGUCGACUCCAGAAUGCCAUGCAAAAACAAGCUCUAUAUGAAGGCACUGAUAUGGAAAAGGAAAUUAAAAGAAAAGAUUAAUGCAUAUAAUAAUGUAAAUGGUUUUGGAUUAAUUUAUAUAUGUAAAUAUAUUUGUACAGAUAAAUUUAUUGAUUGUUAUCCUUAGCAUUAUUUUUUUUUAACUUUAGUGUGGGCUAUGUGUUAUGUAGGUCACUUGGGUGAAGUUAAAAAUGAACCAGAACUUAAAAUGGAUGUAAUGUAUCUUGUUCAUGAAUCUUUAAACAGAUCACCUGAAGAAUUUGCACCCCAGCUUUUUUUUUCACCUAAAGAUUACCUACCCCAAUGCUGUCCUAACCUAAUCCCCCCCACCCCCCCCCCUCCCUGCAAAUAGUAUUAGGGUGGUUAAACUUAAGGUAAAAGAAGAUGGGGUGGAGAUUUUUCAGGUAAUCCCUUUAUACCUGAACUAUAUAUCUAUCUUCCCUGGCAAUUUUCUGAACUUGUGACUCCUUCAACCUUUAUGUAGUGUUCCCAAGAAAACGACCAUUUUCUUGUUUACGGAUAAAACGAGCAUGAAAUUUAAGUUAAGUGUCCCCUAGAAAUUGAAAGUUUAAUCAAGUACAGUACCCCUUAGAAGCCAGUGACCAUUUUCUUCUAUCGGUUGCUGGCAGAUUAUUCCAAGAGUUUAAUUAAAAUUCUCACUCCUAAAAAGUUUGUACUGAAUGGAAUUUCAAAUGGAUCUAAUAUACUGGGGUAGCCGUUCCUUGACUAAGACUGUGUGCCCUUAUAUGCAUUUAUGUAUGACAAGUUUACUGAAUAAAAAGUUAAUAAAGUACAAAA